AUGUUAUAUAAUGUCUUCGAGCCUAUGAUGCGGUUUGAGUCAAAGGUUGCUGCAGUUUCGAAAAGCCAUGAUGUAAUAGUAUUCGAGUUGAUCAAAGGAACUUUCGAAUUCCAUCCCCGUGGAACCGAAACGUUAUUCCGCGGCUUGGAAUACGUUCAGCUGGGUCUGGAUACCCGCCGUGAACCCAGAUGGAAACCAGGAACGAUUUCGGAGAGGAAAGGUAGCUUCUACAUUGGGACUUCACAUGAGCAGGCGGGGGAUUCCGGAUCCGGAAUCUUUGAUUAG